AGUUGGGGGGUCUCAAAUUCAAUACUCUAGAGAGAGAAAGAGAGAAGAGAGAGAUAGAGAGAGGUCAAAUCGAGUGAGGGUAGGGUGUCUUGUAUUUUAUAAUUUUCUGUGGUGGUGGUGCUGGGAUUAGCUAAAACAGGUUAAGGGUUUCAUUUCAUUCAGACAAAAAAUCACAUACACGCACACAAAGAGAGAGAGAGAGAACCCUUUUGGGUAAAAAAGCUGUGUGUGAGAGAGAGAGAGAGAGAGAGAGAUUUUUAAUACUGGAACAGAACUUGCUCUAGCUCGAAACCCUAGAAAAAUCCCUAUCUUCUUCUUCUUCUUCUUCCUUCUAUUCUAAACUAUUCUCUUCCUCUUCCUGUCUUUGCUGAUGGAUCCCUUUGAUUUGAUUCGUAAAGGGUUUGGCUGAAGCUUGCUGAAAGUUGAGUUUUUAUUUCUUCUAUGCAUGUAUAUUAUAGUGUUUUAUUCAUUUUCAUUUAACUAAAUAAUGAGCUUAUCCAAGAAAGGAACCCAAGCUAACACCACGAAGCUGAGCAACCUAAGCAAGGCAACAUCCUUGAAUCCAAAUGCAGCAGAGUUUGUUCCCUUUUUCCUUAGAUCAUCAUCAUCUGGAAGCACCAGCACCGCAGAUGCGGCAGCAAGGCUUGCUAAUUCUGGGACUUUAGGAAAAGCAGUGCUAGAUAGAUCAGAGUCAUCUGUUUCGAAUAUUUCUGAUGAAGAGGCCCAUCAAUACUGGCGUCGCCAGCUCCCCGAUGAUAUUACCCCUGACUUUAAGGUCAUGGGAGAAGAUGAAUCUCAAGGUAUUGGGAACCUCUCUUUGGCGGGUUUGUCCUUGCAUGAUGUUAGUGAAGCUUCAAAGUUUCCUGCUUCUCCAGGCAGUGGAUACUUGUUAAAUGAGCAGCAAGAAUUAUCUCCACACAAUAUUAAUGGUAAUAGCUAUGCUGGAAAGUUGAGAUUUCCUGCUUCAUCCUAUGGUGAAGAUUUAUCGUCGCCUAGUUUUCUUCACAUGUCACCUAAGCCAUGGGAUAGUCAAACUAUGAAUAGUCAUCAGUUCAGGGAGGGGCCUCCUUAUGAUAGCAAUUCUAGACAUGGGUUUGUGAACGAUAUGUUGGGUGAGCAAGCAAUUGUGGAGGAUAAUGAAAUGAACCCCAUUGAGUUAUUGGUAUCUCAUUUCCCAGGUUUUGCUGCUGAAAGCCUUGCAGAAGUAUACUUUGCCAGCGGGGGCGAUAUAAACCUGACAAUUGAGAUGCUCACCCAGUUAGAGCUUCAAGUUGAUGGUGGUUUCAAUCAGAGUAUGAACUCAAAGACCUUAUCAACCCCCAAUCUUAGUUCAAUGGACUUCCCUGCCCUUACUGUUCCCGAUAGUCAGAAUGGUCCUCCAAAAUAUGCUGGAGAUGAUCUCCAACAAAAUGGCAAUCCUUUUCGAUCUUCUGACAAGGACAACAUGCUUAUGUUCAAAUCUGGAUCUUCCAUUCCAUCUAGGGGUGCUAUAGAUUUUGCUUCAGCUGUCAGGAAAUUGGCAUCUCAGGAUUCUGGUAUAUGGAAGUAUGAAAGAAAUGGUUCUGCUGAUGCCACUAUUGGCUCAAGUAGAAGUUCCCAUGUUUUGGCUAGUGCUUACAGUAGUGGACAAGGGAGAGGCAUCUAUGGUGACAGGCUGCAAGAUCGUGGUUCUGCUCGAGCGGCUCCUGUCUGGCUUGAAACUGGAGAUGCUGUUGCAAAUAUGUAUUCUGAGCUGCGAGAGGAAGCUCGUGACCAUGCACGCCUGCGCAAUGCAUACUUUGAUCAGGCACGGCAAGCGUUCCUUAUUGGUAAUAAGGCUCUAGCAAAGGAAUUGAGUGCUAAAGGGCAGGUGCACAACAUGCAUAUGAAGGCAGCUCAUGGGAAAGCUCAAGAAUCUAUUUAUCGUCAGAGGAACCCAGUUCCUCCAGAGAUGCAGGGCAAUGGAAGAGGACAAGAGCGGAUGAUAGACUUGCAUGGGCUGCAUGUUAGUGAAGCCAUUCAUGUUCUGAAGCACGAGUUGAGUGUGUUGAGGGGCACUGCCAGAGCAGCUGAGCAGCGCCUGCAGGUUUACAUAUGUGUUGGAACAGGUCACCACACCAGGGGUGCCCGCACUCCAGCUAGGCUUCCUGUUGCUGUGCAACGUUAUUUGCUUGAAGAAGAGGGCCUUGAAUACACCGAGCCACAGCCAGGGCUGCUUCGAAUUGUGAUAUAUGUCUGCAAGCAGGAAAUGCAGUUGCAAGCCAACCUCAGAGUCAGACUCAGAGCCACUUCCAUUUCCAUUUUCCCAUUUGCCAAAACCCCAUUCCCUCACAUUCUCCUCCUUCACUUCUGCUUCUCCUCUCUCUGCGACCUCGUCUCUCACCCUUCCUAUUUUGCAUUAUCUUCUUCUUCUUCUCAAUGGUUUUCCAUCCUCCGUGUCGCCAUUUCCAAAACCGACUUGCUGCUUGGCAAGUCUGCGCAUGCACGUAUUAUCAUCUCGGGCCAAAACCCAGAUCGUUUUUUGAACAACAAUCUCCUUACACUGUAUGCAAGAUGUGGGUCACUUUCAUCUGCACGCCAACUGUUUGAUAAAACCCCUGACAGAGACCUUGUAACCUGGAAUUCCAUUCUAGCUGCCUACGCACACUCCGCGGACUCUGAGGUCGAGAAUGUUCAAGAGGGUUUUCAGCUGUUUCGCCUUCUUCGUGAGUCUAUAGUUUUAACUAGUCGAUUCACUUUGGCGCCGGUUCUAAAGCUCUGCUUGCUCUCUGGGUAUGUAUGGGCUUCCGAGGCUGUUCAUGGGUAUGCCAUUAAGAUUGGGUUGGGAUGGGACGUGUUUGUAUCCGGGGCUCUCGUGAAUAUAUAUGCUAAGUUUGGGCGGAUUAGGGAGGCCCGUGUUUUGUUUGAUGGCAUGCAAGAGAGGGAUGUUGUGUUGUGGAAUGUAAUGCUCAAGGCUUAUGUGGAAAUGGCUUUAUAUAAAGAUACACUCUAUCUCUUUUCAUCUUUCCUUCGGAGUGAGUUGCAUCCUGAUGAUGUCAGUGUGCAUUGUGUUCUUAAUGGGAUUAACAAUGUUGGUUCUGAUGAAGGGAACAGGCUUGCCGAGCAGGUUAAAGCCUAUGCGAUGAAAUUGUUUGUGAAUCAUGAAAACUCAGAUGUAUUUAUGUGGAACAAGAAAUUGUCUGAGUAUCUCCAAGCCAGUGAAAAUUGGGCUGCUGUCCAGUGCUUUGUAAAUAUGAUUAGAUCAAAAGUAGAAUACGAUAGUGUGACAUUGGUUGUUAUUCUCUCUGCAAUUGCAGGUGUAAAAAACCUGGAGAUGGGGCAGCAGGUUCAUGGUGUUGCUGUGAAGUCGGGUUUUGAUUCUGUUGUUACUGUAGCAAAUAGUCUUAUCAACAUGUAUUCAAAGGCAGGUUCUCUUUAUUUUGCACGAGAAGUGUUCAAUUCCAUGAAAGAAAUGGAUUUAAUUUCAUGGAACUCAAUGAUAUCUAGUUGUGCACAGAGUAGUUUAGAAGAGGAAUCAGUGAACCUAUUUAUAGAUUUGUUACGUGAUGGCCUUAGGCCAGAUCAAUUUACAAUUACAAGUUUUUUAAGGGCUUGCUCCUCUUUUAAAGAAGGCCUGUAUCUCUCCAAACAGAUUCAUGUUCAUGCAAUAAAAACCGGAAUAAUUGCUGACAGUUUUGUUUCGACGGCCCUUAUUGAUGUAUAUACUAGGACUGGAAAUAUAGAGGAGGCAGAGUUUCUUUUUGAAAAUGAAGUUGAAUUUGAUUUGGCAUCUUGGAAUGCAAUGAUGUUUGGUUACAUAAUGAGUAAUGACAAUCAGAAAGCAUUGAACCUCUUGAGUCUGAUACAUGAAAGUGGAGAGAGGGCAGAUCAGAUUACUUUGGCAACUGCAGCUAAAGCCUCAGGUUGCUUGGUUGGGUUAGAACAAGGGAAGCAAAUUCAUACUUAUGUAAUAAAAACAGGAUUUGACCUAGAUUUAUGUGUCAGCAGUGGUAUUCUUGAUAUGUACAUCAAAUGUGGAGACAUGGAAAGCGCACACAUGGUUUUCACCCAAAUCCCUAUGCCUGAUAAGGUUGCAUGGACAACUAUGAUCUCAGGAUGUGUGGAAAAUGGAGAUGAGGACCAAGCUCUUUCUAUAUAUCAUCAGAUGAGACUCACAGGAGUCCAGCCUGAUGAAUAUACCUUUGCUACACUUGUCAAAGCCAGCUCCUGUCUAACAGCAUUGGAACAAGGGAGACAAAUUCAAGCAAAUGUGAUAAAGUUGGAUUAUGCUUUAGAUCCUUUUGUUGGGACUUCACUUAUUGACAUGUAUGCCAAGUGUGGGAACAUAGGAGAUGCGUACCUUUUAUUCCAGAGGAUGAAAGUGAGUAACAUUGCCUUGUGGAAUGCAAUGUUGAUAGGGUUAGCUCAAUAUGGAAAUGCCAAAGAAGCCCUGAAACUUUUUAAAGCUAUGAAAUCUAAUGGUAUUGAGCCUGAUAAAGUUACUUUUAUUGGGGUACUUUCCGCAUGUAGCCAUUCUGGUUUAAUUUCUGAAGCUUAUGAGUAUUUUGAUUCAAUGAGCAAAAAGUAUGGUGUUAAACCUGAGAUUGAGCACUACUCUUGUCUAGUUGAUGCCCUUGGCCGUGUGGGUCGUGUUCAAGAAGCAGAAAAGCUAAUAGGAUCGAUGCCCUUUGAAGCUUCUGCUUCCAUGUAUAGAGCCCUGCUUGGUGCUUGUAGGGUUCAAGGGGACACAGAAGCUGGAAAACGGGUCGCAACCCAGCUCUUGGCAUUGGAGCCAUCAGAUUCAUCUGCUUAUGUGCUUUUGUCCAAUAUCUACGCUGCUGCCAACCAAUGGGAUGAUGUAACUGUUGCUAGAAAAAUGAUGGAAAGGAAAAAAGUAAAGAAGGAUCCAGGGUUCAGCUGGAUAGAUGUCAAAAACAAGGUGCAUUUGUUUGUGGUGGAUGAUAGAUCCCAUCCACAAACUGAUUUGAUAUAUGAUAAGGUGGAGGACUUGAUAAAAAGGAUAAGAGAAGAAGGAUACGUCCCUGAUACGGACUUUACACUGCUUGAUGUGGAAGAAGAGGAGAAAGAGCGUGCUCUUUAUUACCAUAGUGAGAAGUUAGCUGUAGGUUAUGGACUCAUAAGUACUCCCCCAUCCUCUACAAUUCGGGUGAUUAAAAACCUUAGAGUUUGUGGAGACUGCCAUAAUGCAAUCAAAUAUAUCUCAAAGGUUUCUCAACGAGAAAUUGUGUUGAGAGAUGCUAAUCGGUUCCAUCGUUUCAGUGAUGGAAUAUGCUCUUGUGGAGAUUAUUGGUGAUGUGAAAUUGAUCUUACUGUUUUUGUCUCUC